AGACCAUCGUGCACGAACACUUUCGCUUGUUUUCUGCUCUCAAUGUAAAAUAAGAAGAACGUUUUUGUUAGUUUUGAAACGCUUCCUCAAGGUUUACCGCAACCACCGGAUUAGUGGUGUCCCUAUUGGACUAUAAAUAACUGUGAGGGGAGAGCACUAUGAAGACACUGUGCUGUGGUCCACCUCACUGAAGCUGUCUCUGCUGCAAACAGGUGGAUUUCGGAUAUUUCAAGAAGGUAUCUGAGAACUCAGCAUGCCAGUCCCGCCUCCUCCCCCACCGCCUCCCCUGGCUCCCCCUCCACCACCCCCACCCAGCGCUGCCCUGCCACAGUGUCCAUCAGAGCCUCCUAAGCUCCAGUCUGGAGGAGCAGGUGGAAGGAAUGCCCUGCUGGCCGACAUCCAGAACGGAGCCAGACUCAGAAAAGUCACACAAGUCAACGACCGCAGUGCCCCGUCCGUCGAGAAGCCCAAGACUAGCCCUGGAGAUGUUUCAAGCAGUGUGGGCUCAUCAGGAGGGACACCCACAGGACCCUCUCUGGGGGGGCUCUUUGCUGGAGGCUUCCCCACCCUGAGGCCUAUAGGGCAAACAGGCAAGACCCCAGUGUCCCGGUCGUGCUCCUCCGCCUCCCUGAAGCCUCAGUGGAACCCUCCUCCUCCGUCAGCCGACACCAGCAGCGUCUCUGAGCCUCAGAGGACGUCAGAGCACCGAGGCUCCGUCCACCGCCCGCUCCCUCCCUCCUCUUCCGCUCCGACCUCCCCCUCUCACAGCAGCAGGCACCCACCUUCAUUCCCCAAUUAUGCUCCCCCUCCACCUCCACCUGCUCCCCCCUCUGCUUCCCCACCGCCGCCUCCCCCACCGCAAUCCUUCCACGACCGACCGGCCAACAAGCACCCUCCUCUGCCCACCUGCCCUCCUCCUCCACUUCCAUCCCAGGUCACCAAGCCCACCUGGCUCCCCCUCCAGCACUCCCACCACACUACGAUCUCCCAACCCUCUACUCCUCCUCCCCCACCUCCACCUUUCCAAUCUCACUCUGCUGUACCAGGUGACCGCUCUUCAGGUUGCUUCUACCCUCCGCCUCCAUUCCCCUCUGAACCGUCGAGGUUCCCCAUCCUGCGGGACAGCCCCCUGGGACCUCCUCCCCCACCUCCCCCUCCUCCUCUCCCAUCUUCUUACACCCCCACCUGCCCAUCCACUCUCCCCCCUCCACCACCCAAGAUGGCAGCAGUGCCCUCGCCAGCCAUGCGCUCUCUGCCUCCAUCGUACCCCUGCAACGCCCCAACCCGACGGCCGCCGGCUGUGCCCAGAAGUGCAGGUGGCGGUCGGCUGGCUCCUCCCCCGGCUCCCCCAGCACGUUCCCCCUCGACCGAGCUGUCUACCCGCAUUCCUCCCCCUCCACCUCUCCCCCUGCCUCCGUCAAGUCUCAGGAACGGACACCUGCACAGCCUUGCGGAUGAUUUUGAAUCCAAGUUCCAGUUCCACCCUGUAGAGGACUUCCCUCCUCCAGAAGAAUUCAAACCUUUCCCUCGGAACUACCCCAGCAAAGAAAACAGAGCGAACCCCAACCCCCCUGGGAUAAGGACACACCUCAGAUGAGUCAAAGCGACACCCUGAUCUUUAUCCCCUUAACUCGCAUAUCAGUCAGUUAUCCUCUGCUUCCUCCUCUUGAGAAUUACAUCACUGUCAUGGACCUAUUUGGAUGAAAACCGUGUGUGUGUGUGUGUGUGUGUG